UUACCUCCAUCACAAUCCUUCCAACAGGUUGACCGUCGGCGGACAUAUCGAAGAAAACUCUUGGCAAACCCAUUUUCUUGCUGAAGUUUCUGGCAAAUGAGUUUUGGACAGCAAAAUUCACAAACUGCACAGUCAGACCUCUACCGGCGAAUGCGCUUUGUAAACCGGCUUGACGGGAAAAGACAAAGAAGGCCAUCUUUAAAGGAAGUGACGACAGACGGUUUAAAAUCGGAGCGAAUCCCUUUCGGACGGUUUAUACGCAUUUCUAACGAUGCUGAAAUAUUAUAUAAUUGCUCCUUUCGCAAUAACAGAUGCGCAUAUCCCAGAAAAUUGGUUAAAUUUAAAAAUAUAUCUAAUUAAUUUUUUAUAUACCGGAAGUUACGUAAUAGUUUGGAAUUUGGAAUAUGUGAUUAUUUCCACAAUGAACAACAACGUUGGAUAUAACAAUAAAGCUUGGGGCAGACCCAACAAUUCCUCGAACAUGAUAAAUCAGGGUUCCAUGCAGCCGUCGCUGAUGAAUCAAAACAAUUUGAGUAACAUGGUACAAUUCCCAUCCAACCAACAAGUAUUCCAGAACAUGGGUUUGCAGCAACAAAACCUCGGCAUAGGUUUACAACAAAUGGCGAGCAACGCCAUGAACGCUGCCGCCGUCUCUCAAAUCGCCAACAAUCCGAUUUUCCAACAAGUAACGUACCCCAAUACGAGAAACUUGAAUCCCACGGCAUUUCAAACGAGCAUGCCCAUUUCCAGCAAUCAAACCACCACCUCCGGCAAACAGAGAGUGUUCACGGGCAAGGUGACCCAAAUGCACGAUAAUUUCGGUUUGGUAGACGAGGAAGUCAUGUUUCAAAUGAACGUUUGCGUUAAAGGCUCUCAUCCUAUAGUAGGCGAUAGAGUACUGGUCGAAGCUCAAUAUACCCCGACUAUGCCUUUUAAAUGGAACGCUACUCGCAUUCAAGUAUUAACCGCUAACCAGUCCAGACCGUCCAACAAAAAUUACAGUAAUAAUUACAGCGCCGUGCCGCCCCCGUCCGAUCGAGGGGGAGGACGGAAGGGCGGCAGAAGGGACAGGUCUAGAGAAAGAGAUCGCGAAGACGAUGAAAUCGACAGAAAGAGAAGGCGAGAGGAGCGAAUGAGGGAAAGAGAAAAGGAGGAGAAAAAGUCUCCGAUAAGUAAACGGACUAAAUCAAGAUCUCGAUCGCCUAAGGUCAUCCGAAGAAGAACUCGAGUAAUUCCAAGAUACAUGGUGCAAGUUCCUAAAAUCGAUUUAGACUUGGAAGUAGGAGACGUGCUGGAAAUCAAACGAAGGUACAAAAACAUGUACAUCCCUUCGGAUUUCUUCUACACGAGCAUCAAGUGGGUGGAAUCCUUCCCGUCGAGCAAACCAUUUUCCAUCAGCAAACCCUGCUCGUUCCACGUAAUGAACAAAGAAGUCGAUUCGAUCAACGACUGCCCCGUCGUAGAACCCUCCGACGCGGAUUACCUCUUCUCCGCCAAAGUGAUGCUGAUGAGCACGCCCGGCUUGGAGGAAAUCUACCAGAAGUGCUGCGCCCUCGCCGAGGACAAGGACUCCGACGAAAAGGACUUCGUCCAUCCCACCCGAUUGAUCAAUUUCUUGGUGGGUCUUCGGGGGAAGAACGAAACGAUGGCCAUCGGCGGCGCCUGGAGCCCCUCUUUGGACGGCGAAUGCCCCGACAAGGACCCGUCCGUUUUAAUCAAAACGGCCAUUAGAACUUGUAAGAGUCUUACCGGCAUCGAUCUAUCGAAUUGCACCCAAUGGUACCGUUUCUUGGAGCUGUAUUACCGACGGAGCGAGUCGACGCACAAGGGCAAGACCGUCCCUGCACGCGUGGAGACCGUCGUACUAUUUCUUCCUGACGUGUGGAGUUGCUUGCCGACGCGGUUGGAGUGGGACGGACUGCAUGCCGCCUACCGGAAGCAGUUGGAGAGGAUUUUGAAUUCGAACCAAUCGGAGGCAGCGGUCGCCGCCGCCGCCGCCGCCGCCGCCGCCGAAAGCGGAGACGAUGCGGCAUCGCCGGCUGAUGAAAAGGAAGAGGAACCGACCGAGGAGAAGAUCGAACCCACCCACUACUCGCAAUUGGACCCCAAAAGUAUGGUGGUGAACGACCUGAGGGCCGAAUUGAAGGCGAGAAACAUCAGCUACAAGGGCUUGAAGUCGCAACUGGUGGCUAGAUUACAGAAGGCGCUGAAAGCGGAGGCCGAUAAGAACGACAACAAGGAGGUGAAAGAGCCCGAAGAACCCGAAAUUUCUCUACAAGACACAAAGAAAAACGAGGUGGAAGAAAAGAAGCUAGACGAAAAAGAAAGGGCGUUAUUGGAAAAACGCUAUUCGUUACCGGAAACGCCCCACAUCAUCGUGCACCCCUCGAAAACCGCGAAAUCGGGCAAAUUCGACUGCACGACGAUGUCUCUGUCGUUGUUGCUCGAUUACCGGCCGGAGGACUCGAAGGAGCAUUCGUUCGAAGUGUCUCUGUUCGCCGAGCUGUUCAACGAAAUGUUGAGCAGAGACUUCGGUUUCAACAUCUUCAAAGCGCUGUUCCGGUUGCCCGAGAAGAAGGACGACAAAAAGGACGAUAAGAAAGAUAAGAAGGACGGCAAGGAGGAAGUUAAGAAGGACGACGCGGAGAAGACCGAUGAGAAAGAGGUUGAAUUGAAGGAGAAGAUGGAUCUGGACGAUAUUGCGGAAAUAUUGGAUAAAUUGGAUGAAGUGAUUGAAGAGAAAAAAGAAGAGGAUAAAAAAGAGAAGAAAAAUUGUAAAGAGGAUAAGAAGAAAGAGGAAAGCGGCGACGAGAGCGAAGAAAGCGAAAAGAAAAGGAAGGAGAAAGAGCGAAAGAAAAAGGACAAAGUUAAAUUAUAUACCAAAGAUCGCCAUCUGCUACUUUCCUUUGUAUAUUUCGAUCAAACUCAAUGCGGCUACAUUUUCGACAAAGACAUGGAGGAUCUCUUGUACACAUUGGGUUUGAAAUUGUCCAGAGCACAAGUUAAAAAGCUCAUAAGUAAAGUAAUCAUUAGGGACUCGUUGCAUUACAGAAAAUUAACGGAUAAACCAAAGGAAGGGGAAGAAACGGAACCAGAAGAAUUAUUGCAAGAAAUAAAUUUAGACGAAGUAGCUCAAGGUAACAAGAAAUUACUACCGAUAUUCAACACAGCCGAAUCAUCGAUAAAUAAAACAAACCAAACCGACUCGCCUAUAGCAGAAGGUUUCGUAAAAUUCAGGGGCUCCGUAGUGGACAUUGGUAAGUUGAUGUCGCAAUUGGAGCGAAGCGAAAAAACCCGAUUGGAAACCGAGGCGAGAAUGGUCGAUUUGAAGAGCGAAAAUCAAAAACUUUCGGAGAAAUACCACAAGUCGAAUUCGACCAUAAAACACCUCAAUUCGGAACUGAGGGAGUACAAAGACAAAUUGCGCAGCUCAGAGGAAGUGCUCGGCAAAAUAAGUGCUCAUUCGAAGUUGUUCCAGCAAACUCUAGUGGACAUAAAGGAGAAGAUCGAGCCCGUGUUAAAGAGCACAUCGUAUAAGGAGGAAUUAAAGAAGGAGAGGGACGAUAAAGAACGAGAUAAAAAGCCGGACGAUAGCAAAUCUAGGUGGGAAAAAGACAAGGAAUACGGGCACGUAAAGAAAGAUGAGACUGCCGGUGUUAACGUGGAAAUUAAGAAAGAAAAAGAUGAAUAAAAGUGUUCCUUUUAGAUUUUCAUAUGAUAGUAUAGUGAUUAGUGUUUGAUUAUAAAUUUGAUGGUUAAGGAAAAAUAAAAAAAGUUUAAGACAAAACGUUUUAUUAAACAUAAACGGAACAAUUUAUAAGUUUUCUUUCAAUUUUAAACUAUCAUUAUCACUAGGUUGAUCACUUUGUGAAGCUUCAGGAUUUUUCUUUUCGGGUGACAAUUUUAAGCGGAACGAAUCAUCAAAACUAUCUUCUUUUUCCUCAGUCAUCUUUGGUGUUUCAAUAAUAGAAUCUGCAAAACGUAAAGUAGACGCAAAAUCAUUUCGUAAAAUAAAAAAAAACUACCUUCAUUUUCAAGAUCUUUACCAUCAACAUUUAUAUCUUCUGUGUCCAUCUGUUCCUGCUUACCAUCCGCAGUACCAUCGGUAGUCCCUUCACCACCGUCAUCUUCACUUUUGAUCACCACCGGUUGCGUUUGAUUGCUGAUGAACCUCGACAAUUGCAUCAUAUUUUCAGCGCACUCCUCGGCCUUUUUGGCCUCCAAUUGCAAAUUCUCCUCGGACAAACUCCCGCCGAACAUGAAGGGGUUCUUGUUCGAGGAACACUCCAGGUGCUUGGGGUCCUCCUCGAACAGCAUGGUCGGCAACGACUCCAUCUUGGGUAUGUCCGGUGGAAUUUCGUAAUUCAUAAACUCCGUCUUGAUCGGUUCAGCGAUGUGCGUGGGCGGUGGAGCGUUGUAACUCAUGUGCGUCUCCAGCGAAUCAUCCGCGUCUGAUUCAGAGUCCUUCUAGCAAACGAAAUUUAUUGUUGAUUUAUCGAAUUAAUUUACCGGCCGGUGAGCUUACUCUAAUUUGGCUGUAAGAUCUCAAUGGGGGUAUUUCCAUGUGCAAAGGGCACAAGGCUCCUUCGAAAAUAGCUACUAUAGGAGUCGAGCAUUCGAUGUCACCCAUCAUUUUACCGCAGGCUUUAAAAAGCACUUGAUUUGUAUCCUGAAAUAUUAUACACUCAUCAUCGCUGAAAAUAAUUAAUCGUAUUGUUUAUACCUCGAGUAUAUGCUUCUGGCAAUGUUUCGCUAACGGUAGGGACCUUUCUCCGCAUUUUACUCCUCCUUCUGUGAAAAUGCACUUGGAGUAAUUUUGGCUUUUACUGCUCGAACCUUCGCUAAGUUUCGCUCUGAGGUCCUUCAAUCGUUUACUGAGAAUGGCUUCGACCCCGUGACAUUUCUGAUAGUUGUUAAGAGCCUUCAACUUCUUGUACAAUCUCUGUUCUUUCGG